AUGAGUGAUAGCGUACGAGAAUUAACAUUGGUCGAUUCGGAACGUUUUAAUAAACUUAUAUCAACAUUGCAAAAAACUUUAGAACGUAAAAAUAUCGUAGAACAAGCAACUGCCCCAAAUGAGGAGGAAGAUUAUGUACGAGCUCACGAUGAUGUAAUGAAAAGUGUAAAAAAUAAAGAUGAUUUAGCUGGUAUGAAAAUUGUGAAUUUUUUAAAUAAAAAAGAUAAGCUAAAGGGAACUCAAAAAGCAACAGGGAAACUCCCUAACCCUCCUGACGCCCCCGCAAAUCCCGGUAGUGCGACACCAGGUCAACGGCGCGCUCAACGUCCUGGCACUACAGUAGAAGCGGCAAACGAAAGAAUUAUGGAAGUUUUUAAAAGAGAGGGUGUGGCACGCGGGGGUAGUGGAAAUGUUGUGCACAAAGGCACACGGUAUAAUAUACCCUAUACCGAUUUAGUUUAUGAUUUAACACACAAUACGACAGAAAAAACAGCCAAUUUGACAUCGGUAGAAGCUCAACAAGCCAUGCGCUUAUUAAGAAAAAUUAAAAUGCCUGCUUCACAUAUUCGCAGUUCACGUCUUCGAGGGCAGUAUAUAAGAACGCGUACGUUACCCGAAACACCUUCUAGCGAAAGCGAUUCCAUUACACCUUUAGCUCGACCCGCAGCUUCAAGAAUUCCACGUCAUACAGCACCAACACCCUAUAAUCGUCGACCGCGUAGUACGCACAACACGGCUUAUGGACAAUUAGAUCGUGACAUUCGUAGAUUAUUACAUUAA